UGCCGGGCCUCCAGGACCCACUUUGGGCUCCACUGAUCUACAUCAGGAACCUUCUCUGGUUUCCUCUGUCCCUCCUCUACAACAUCUCCAUGUUCAACAUCCUUCGUCCAAUUGUACUAAUGUAGUGAAUCAUUUAUGUCAGAUAUUUGGACACAUUUCCAUUUAGUAUUGAAUAUAAACAAUAGUAAACACUGUCCUGCUUUUCAUUGCUGUUAUUAAGGUGGUUCCUGAGUGAAAUGUGAGUUUCAUCCUGUGAAGGUUUGUCUGCUGCUCUGAUCCCUUGAUGUGGAGGAAGGAGGCGGGUUCAGCUCAGUAACAGCAGCUGAACUGAAGCUGAACUGAUCAGUCAGAGCUACGAUGAGACCAACAUCUCUAGCAGCUUCACUCUUUCUGACCUUCUUGGUUUCCUGCACAGAGGCUGAAGUCUUCCCAGUUCGUCUGACUGUGAGUCCCAGCAGAUCUCAGUUCUUUAGAGGAGAAUCAGUGACUCUGAUCUGUGAGGAUGAAAACAGAUCUGAUGGAUGGACUGUGAGGAGAAACACGACCAGAGGAACCAGGACUGAGUGUAAAGAUGGAUGGGGAGAAGCUGAUGGUUCUACAUGUAACAUCACCUCCUUGUAUCCAUCAGAUACUGGUCUGUACUGGUGUGAGUCCAUGUCUGGAUCCUCCAGCAGCAGCAGCAGCAUCCAGCUCUCUGUCUCUGGUGGAUCAGUGAUCCUGCAGAGUCCUGUCCUCCCUGUGAUGGAGGGAGAUGACGUCACUCUGAGCUGCAGAGCAGAGAAUCCAACCCACAACCUCCCAGCUGCUUUCUAUAAAGAUGGCUCCUUCAUUGGUGAUGAAACUACUGGCAACAAGAUUCUCAACUCAGUGAAGAAAUCUGAUGAAGGCCUCUAUAAAUGUAAUGUCAAAGGUCAUGGAGAGUCUCCAUCCAGCAGGAUCUCUGUCAAAGAGAAACCUCCAACCACCUCUCCACCUUCCUCCUCCUCCUCUUCCUCAGAGAAACUCACCAACAUCUCUGACUCUACAGUCACACCUGGUCCAGGUUCUUCCUCCAUCCUUCCCCUUGUUGGAUCUGUUAGUGGUUUGGUUAUCCUGGUGUUGCUGGUUGUUCUGGUUUUACUGGUGAAACGACUUUAUAACAAACCUGAAGGUGAUGAAGGAGGAAGAGGAGAGGAUGACAUCACUUCCAGAAACAUCAGGAUGUUCCAGAGGAAACAGAAGAAAACCAAACGGUUUGGUGAUAAUGUUGAUUAUGUUUGUAGGAGCUAUUUCUCCAUUUUCAGUUAA